AUUCUUUUAGUCUUAAUGGUGCUUCAGUUGCUCAUUUGGGGUGCUUUCUUAUUUAGAAAUGAAGCUCAAGAAGAGAUCUAUAAAAAGGGACAGUCCAAAAGAAUAUGGGGUGAGCUCUACAAGGUGAUAGAUUCAUCAGAUGUUGUAGUUCAAGUUCUUGAUGCUAGAGAUCCAAUGGGCACUCGUUCCCCUCACAUUGAAACUUACCUGAAGAAGGAAAAACCUUGGAAACACCUCAUUUUUGUACUUAACAAAUGUGACCUUGUUCCAACUUGGGCAACAAAACGGUGGGUUGCUGUCCUCUCCCAGGAUUAUCCGACACUUGCUUUCCAUGCAAGCCUUACUAACCCAUUUGGCAAGGGAGCAUUCAUUCAACUUCUGCGGCAGUUUGGAAAGGUAUUGAGCCCUGAUCUGUUUCUCCUGGAGUUGCGUAGCUGUGAGUUGGU